CUUCCGGUUUACGGUUGCUACUGGAGACCGCAGGAAACCCACAUAAACUCCUGAAGGUCUAGUCUGACAACUGCAGCAACAAAACGUCAGGUUUAAAUGCUCUCGCAGAGUUGAAUUCUGAACAAAUGCAUUUGUGUAAAUGUUAAAUCCUCUGGAUUUGUAGCUCAAGUUUUUUAGUUUUAUUUAUGCGUUGAAGGGUUUAAGCUAGGAGGGCUAAGCUAACGCUCUGGGCUUUAUUAAACUCCACCGCAACGAUUCAUGCCGUUACAUUGAACUAUCAACACUGUGGGAUUUUCGACGGACACGAUGUUCAUCUACCUCAGCAAGAAGAUCGCGAUUCCGAACAACAUCCAUCUGAAGUGCGUGUCGUGGAACAAAGAUCAGGGCUGCAUCGCGUGUGGAGGUGAUGACGGUCUGCUGAAGGUGCUGAAGCUGGAAACGCAGUCAGAUGAUGCCAGGUUCAAAGGUCUUGCUGCACCAAGUAAUCUGUCCAUGAACCAGACUUUAGAAGGACACAGAGGUGCAGUGCAAGUGGUGACGUGGAAUGAACAGUAUGAGAAGCUAACAACGAGCGACCAAAACGGACUCAUCAUUGUGUGGAUGUUGUACAAAGGUGCCUGGUAUGAGGAGAUGAUCAACAACAGAAACAAGUCGGUGGUGAGAAGCAUGAGCUGGAACGCCGAUGGUCAAAAGAUCUGCAUAGUGUACGAAGACGGAGCUGUAAUCGUUGGAUCUGUGGAUGGAAAUCGGAUCUGGGGAAAGGAGCUGAAGGGGAGCCAGCUGGCUCAUGUGGCGUGGUCACCUGACAGCAAGAUCCUCCUCUUUGGAAUGGCCAAUGGGGAAGUGCACAUCUAUGACAACCAAGGAAACUUCAUAAUGAAAAUGGCCAUCAGCUGUCUCGUAGCGGCUGGAUCGGUGAGUAUAGCUGGUAUCCAGUGGUACGCGGGAACCAGAGGUUACGUCAGGCCGGACUGUCCGUGCCUCGCCAUCUGCUUCGACAAUGGAAGAUGCCAGAUCAUGCGUUAUGAGAACGAUGAAAACGCGAUCUGCAUCGAUACUCUGAUGAACGUGGUCAGUAUCCAGUGGAACCACUGUGGCAGCGUCCUGGCGGUGGCAGGUUUCCUCAGAGCCUCCACCAAGGAGAAAGAAUUCAAUGUGGUCCAGUUCUACACCCCGUUUGGAGAGCAUCUGAGGACUCUGAAGGUUCCUGGAAAGCAAAUGUCUGGGGUUGCCUGGGAGGGGGGAGGACUGCGGAUUGCUCUGGCUGUGGAUUCCUACAUUUACUUUGCCAACAUAAGACCAGAUUAUAAGUGGGGGUACUGCUGCAGCACGGUGGUGUAUGCCUACACCAAGCCAGAGCGGCAGGAGUACUGCGUGGUCUUCUGGGAAACCAAAAACAACGAGAAGUUUGUUAAAUACGUCAAGAGCUUGAUGUCUGUCACAACUUCUGGAGACUUCUGCAUCCUGGCCAGCAAAGCAGACGAAACUCAGCUUCAGGAGGACGCCGGGUUAGAGACGGGGAAUUCUGCACGGGUAACAUUCUACUCAAAGUCUCAAAUCUUAAAACAUGAUCAAAUCUUGAUCUGUGUUCUAAAGUGGCCUCUGCUGUUUGCUCCACAGUAUGUCCUGAUUCUCUGCAAUUCCAUCGGAACUCCCCUGGAUUCAAAAUACAUCGACAUCGAGCCUCUGUUUGUCACCAUGACGAAAACACACGUCGUGGCCGCAUCCAAAGAGGCCUUCUACUUGUGGCAGUACAGAGUGGCAAAGAAGCUGACGGCCAUGGGAAUCAACCAAGUGACCAGAACCAAGAAGGGAGGAAAGGAGAAUGUCUAUCACAUCGACGUGAACCCAUCUGGAACCAGUGACGGUAGUUCUGAUUUUUCCAAAGCCUUCACACCAACUCAAGAUCCCAUCUGCUGCAUUACAGCAACAGAUAAAACCCUUAUUGUGGGCCGUGAGUCUGGAACCAUCCACAGAUACAGUCUUCCAAACGUUGCGCUCUUGCACAAGUACACGUCAAACAAUCGAGCUUAUUAUUUGUCUCUGAACUGCAACUCCAGCCGGUUGGCCAUCAUUGACAUCGCAGGGGUGAUGACCCUGUUAGACCUGGAUGUCAGUGCGGCCUCAGACGGAGGUCCUAACAGGGGCAGUGCAGAUCCAUCAAAGUUUGAGCGCAAAGACGUUUGGGACAUGAAGUGGGCAAACGACAACCCUGACCUGUUCGCCAUGAUGGAAAAGACCAGGAUGUACGUCUUUAGGAACCUCGACCCAGAGGAACCCAUUCAAACUUCUGGAUACAUCUGCAACUUUGAAGACUUGGAAAUCAAAUCUGUCUUACUUGAUGAAAUCAUGAAGAACCCAGACAAGCCAAACAAAGACAAUCUCAUCAACUUUGAAAUCCGCUCCCUGAGAGACAGCCGUGCUCUCAUAGAGAAAGUUGGCAUUGAAGACGCGUCGCAGUUCAUCGAAGACAAUCCUCACCCAAGACUCUGGCGUCUGCUGGCAGAAGCAGCCCUGCAGAAGCUGGAUCUGAAGACCGCCGAGCAGGCUUUUGUCCACUGCAGAGACAAUCAAGGCAUCGAGUUUGUCAAGCGCCUGGGCAACCUGCACAGCGAACCCAUGAAGCAGGCUGAAGUGGCAGCCUACUUCGGCAGGUUUGAGGAGGCAGACUGCAUGUACCUGGAAAUGGAUCGCAGUGACCUCGCCAUUAACCUCAGGAUCAAGCUGGGAGACUGGUUCAAGGUGAUGCAGCUGCUGAAAAGUGGCUCCGGGGCGUGUGACGACACUCUGCUGCAGCAGGCGUACAACGCCAUCGGGGACUACUUUGCCGACAGACAGAAGUGGGUGAAUGCGGUUCAGUAUUACCAGCAGGGUCUGAACCAGGAGAGGCUCGCUGAAUGUUAUUACAUGUUGGAGGACUAUGCCGGCCUUGAAAGGCUGACAGCGGAGCUACCAGAGAAUCACAAGCUUUUAUCGGACAUUGGAGAAAUGUAUGCCACCGUGGGAAUGUGUGAGCAGGCUGUCAACGCCUACCUGAAGUGCAACCAGACCAGAGCUGCUAUUGACACCUGCGUCCAUCUGAACCAGUGGAACAAAGCAGUGGAACUGGCAAGAACCCACAACAUGAAAGAGAUUAAGUCUCUCCUUUCUAAAUAUGCCUCCCACCUUCUGGAGAAAAAUAAAACCCUUGAGGCGGUUGAGUUGUAUCGGAAAGCUCAUCACUUCCUGGAAGCAGCCAAGCUCAUGUUUAAAAUUGCAGAAGAUGAAGCCAAGAAGAAGAGCAACCCUCUGAGGGUGAAGAAGCUGUUCGUUCUGGCGGCGCAGCUCGUUGAAACCUACCAGGAGCAGGUGAAGACGUCGCAGCAGAGCAAGACCAAAGGAAACAAGUCUGAGGUGACGUCAGCCCUCGCAGGCCUUCUUGAGGUGGACGCCUCCUCCUCGGAGAUUCACAUUGUAGACACGGCCUGGCGGGGAGCAGAGGCGUAUCACUUCUUCCUGCUCGCUCAAAGGCAGCUGUAUGCAGGCCACAUGGAGAACGCCAUGCGCACAGCUCUUCACCUGCGCGAGUACGAGGACAUCAUCCCCGCCGUGGAGAUCUACUCCCUCCUUGCUCUCUGCGCCGCUUCCAGCCGGGCUUUUGGCACGUGCUCGCGGGCCUUCAUCAAGCUGGAAUCUCUGGAAGGUCAAAGCCCCGAUCAGCAGCAGCUUUACAAAGACCUGGCCCUGGAGAUCUUCACCAAACACGCUCCCAAAGACAGCCGCAUGGUGGAGGCGCACCUCUCAGACAGCUCCGAGGAGAAACUGCCCACAUGCAUCGUGACGGGCCUGCCGAUCCAGGAGUAUCAGUUCUGGAUGUGCAGCGUGUGCAAACACUGCGCUCUGGAGCAGGAGAUCAGUAAAUACAACACCUGCCCGCUGUGCCACACGGUCCUGUGACGCUGCACGCCCACACCUGUUCAGCAGGAGCAGUUCUGUUCUGAAGCUUUAGGAAGACUCUUAAUUUGAAAGGGAUUGUAUGUUUUAAACUUUGUGCUCUUAAAACAAUUAGAUGGAAAUUUCUCAAUUGGUAGUUUUAUACUUUAUAUUUAUCUUCCUCAUUUUCUUUGUAAAAUAUAAGAAAUAUUCUUCUAAUAAAAACACUCUUUUGUACUGAA